CUGAUCUUGGAAAGUAAGGAUCUAGCAAAAUGUUGCUAUUACGGCUGAUGUUAAUCGUGCCUCUAGUGCAUGUGGAGCCAUUCAUGAUGCCAAGUCUUACUGACUUAUGGAAACUCGCAAAAUUUGGUUUCAAUGUUGGAAGUAAAAUAAAGGACGGAUACAGCGCUUACAAAAGCUUAACGGACGAUACCAGCGAGAGAAUAGACAAAAUAUUGAGUCACGUAGUUGAACUAUCCGAUCAAAUUGAAGGAUUUGAAUCACGAUUGGAUCAGAGAUUGGACAGCAUAGUGGAGUCCUUGGUUGCCCGAAUUACACUUGUUCAGAAACUUGACUCCUCGUUCCUCGAAUUGCACAAAACUGUUGUAGCAAUCGACACUAUGUGGGACAACUAUCUUAAGUAUUCGCAGAAACGUAGGAGUUUCAACACUAAUACGAUAAAAGCUUUCAUCACUGCGGCGACUGGACCACAGCAAGGUGGCUUGCAAGAUUUGCUCAGUCAAAUGCAUCGAUUGCUUGUCCCGCUCAGGACAGCACAUAUUAGGGAAAGUCUGUUGAUGACGAUGCUGAAGCAUGAGCGCGAAACUCAAUUGAUAAGCUGCGAUGAAGGCCUCUCAAAUCAAGAGGCAGUUUACCAAAUCUAUUACAGCGUUGCUCUUACCGAAUUACGAGGAUUUGUCAUAACUGCCUAUGCUUAUGGAUUGCGGCCAAUAUAUGAAAAAGGAGCGUAUAAUGCCGAAGUGGAUGCGAUGCAGGCGCGAUUCACAAUGAGGACACGAGAUUAUUUAUUGGCUACGAAAGAAGCGAUGAAAAUAGCUUCAAACAAGAUUCGCCGCUGUGAUCCCAAGAGCGGAUUUAAGAGAGGAGAAAGUUUUGUGGAGUUCGAGGAACUCUUCCAAACGUAUGUCGUCGCCGAAGCAGAUAUACAUCCUGAUGAUUCGUGUAGAGACAAGUGUGGAACUAUAGGGAGGACUACGUUCCUAAGGUCUGUCGGCGACUAUCUUGACUACGAUUAUACAAGAAACUGCAUGGGUGAUGUCGUGGAUUGCAGAUAUGGAGGCGGAAAAAUGAAAAUUUGUACAGCGGAAUACCCAAGACGAUAUAAUUGGUUCAAAGAAUCUGAUGGAUCACUCAAAGGAGAUGACAGUGGUGGUUGCCGUAGUCGAGUGUUAGCGCCAAGUGGAUGGAUUCGCGGAUUUUACAGAUGUGAUUAUUGUGUUUGCACCUGCGAGGCUAACAGAGCAAAGAGUAAAGCAAAAAGAGCCAUUAGUUUCCGUACAGCUCAAGUCAAUCUCAACGACAACAUGGUGGUUACAGGUGUCCGACUAGUUCAACAAUUUGGAAUGAUUCAUCUGCAAAUUCAGCAAGGACGACUUCAACCUCAAGGUAUGAUUGAAAAGGGCAGUCAAUCAUGGCAGCCUAUCGAAAAGAUGCGAUAUGAGGAAGCCGGUUACUUUGGAAGAUAUUGGAUAGAUGAUCCACCGAAAAACAUGCGGAUGAGAAGAAGGGUAGAUUUUGAUUUCAUCAGAGGUGCUGAGAGAGCAAUAAAUUUGGAUGAUGUUAUGGCUCCAGAAGGCCACGUCGUUGUAGGGGUUCGAUUUAACCACUUAAGAGACUCGAAGAUAGAAUCGGAUAAUCCGAUUCGUCUCGAAAUUAUGUACAAGCGGUUUGACUAUGAGAGAGGGAAAUUGUCAAAUUUAAUGGGUGAUGAGCCCAAAUGGAUGGGUGUAGAUGGCAAUCAAAAGAGGAUGAAAGUUAAGUUCGAAAAGCCUGAUAUUCCUGUCAAGCAUAAUCAAAAUCUGCCGACGUUGCAGCCCAAUCUUUUCGUUGAGUUCCGAGAAUCAGACCCGAAGAAGGACGCUGGACAAAGCACGAUUCCAUUUUGGGAUAUUCAAGAAGUGGUCACAUCCCCUGCUUUUCCACUUUCAGGUGUUGGUCUAUUCCACAAAGGCCACAGAGAUGGAUUCUACGGAGGAUACCUCGCAUUGCGGCUCCUCUCCUUUGAUUUCACUUAUAACCUCAAUGCCACGUUGCCAGAUAAUGUAGAAAAAUCGUAUGAGCAGAUUUAUCGUGAACCUUUGUACUCACCAACGGGUUCUGUGUGAGGCCUAUACAAACGAUUUUUCAAGAUGAAAAAUUAUUAUUUUGCUCAUACGGCUGAAAAAAGUCUUCCGGCGAGAUAAAUUUUCAUUUGUCUGGAAAGUUGGGUUCAACCGAGUGACGAACCUAAUUGUUUAUCAUACUAUGAGUUUCUGUAUUAUUAUCCUAUCCGAAUUUGGAGCAAUAUUGUCUUCUAAAUUAAAUAUUAAAUAUUAAAAUCGUAAUGAAUACUGUAAUGAAAAUCUUCCAAAAUAAAAAUAUUCAGCUUGAAAACAAUCAAGAACUGGUGGAGCCGGUUGUAGGUACCUCGCUGCAAUUAUAACGUUCACUUACAAAAAAUCAA